UCAAGAAAGCAAUAAACCUUUCUUCAGAUAUUUCUCCUUCUUUUCAGUUUCUAACAUUUUAGGUCUCAGGUAUGAAUAAGAUGGUUAUAAAUCGAUUGGACAAGCUGCUUGUCACAAAUGAUGCUGCUACUAUUGUAAGUGAGCUUGAGGUUCAACACCCUGCUGCCAAGAUAUUGCUCCUCCAAAAUGUAGAGGAGCUAAUUAGGACUGGCCUGCACCCAAGUGAGAUUAUCAGUGGAUAUACCAAAGCUAUAAACAAGACUGUUGAGAUUUUAGUUGAGCUAGUAGAGAAAGGUUCAGAAAGUAUGGAUGUCAGGGUUAAGGAGCAAGUUAUCACCAGAAUGAAGGCUGCUGUUGCUAGCAAGCAAUUUGGACAAGAAGAUCUUUUAUGCAUGUAUCCAAGUUUGCCCCAAGAACCCAUGGGAAGUAUAAAGCAAAUGGAGAAGGCAAAGGUAGCUGUGUUUGUUAGUGGUGUUGAUACCUCGGCCACUGAAACAAAAGGAACUGUCUUAAUCCAUAGUGCUGAACAGCUAGAGAAUUAUGCAAAAACUGAGGAAGCUAAGGUUGAGGAGCUCAUCAAAGCAGUAGCUGAUUCUGAUGCCAAAGUUAUUGUUAGUGAUGGAGAAGUUGGUGAAAUGGCAUUGCAUUUCUGUGAGCAUUACAAGAUCAGAUGCAAGCUUACUAAAGGACUUGAUAGUUGAUGGCUAAAAAAAAUGCUAAUGGUCUUAAAAAUCAGCUCAAAGUUUGAACUGCAAUGAUUUUGCCACACAACUGGUGCUGUUGCUCUUUUGAAACUCAGCUAGCCAAAGCCAGAUGACCUGGGAUAUGUUGAUUCAGUUUCGGUUGAGGAAAUCGGUGGAGUUCAGGUCACUAUUUGACGAAGUGAAGAAGGUGGAAACAGAGUUUCUACUCUGGUUCGCCAAGGAAGUACUGAUAGUAUAUUAGAUCAUCUUAAGAGAGCCGUUGAUGAUGGAGUGAAUAUGUAUAAGGUGAUUCUGUUUAAUAAUUUUUUUCUUCUUUUUCUUCCAACCAGUUCGUAGUAUUUCAUCUCUAUAAACCUUAUCAUGUUCC